AUGUCUGAAACACUUCUUCUUUCACAACACUUGAAAUUUCUACGAGGGCAUCUUAUUACGUUACCUGCUAAUUAUCGAAGCUUUGAUUCAAACAGAGCAGCAAUUCUCUAUUUCACUUUAUCGACACUUGAUGUUCUGGGAAAGUUGGAGGAAGAGGUGGAUGCAGAGUUAAGAGAAAAACUUAUCGAAUGGAUUUAUCGUUUGCAGUUAAAAAGUGAUUCUGGUAAGUGUUUCAUAAGAAAUAUCAAUACUUCUGAUUAA